UUUCAAAAAAGAAAAAUGAAAAGUUGAAAAACUUUAAUGGCUCUCUCUAAUUUGUUUGUCCACAAGUGUUUUGCUCUUUCUUUCUGCGAAGUUGCAAACUUGUGUUGUGUGGGCUUAUGGGUCCCACUCAGAUGACUAUCUUGACCAAAUGACUACUGUGCUCAUUGACCUAACCGUUGACUCACUUACUCAUUCCUAUAUAAAUCUUCCAAUUCACAAAACCAUUAUCAAUAUCCCUAAACAACUUCCCAUCUCUCUCUCUCUACUACUGUUGAGUGUUUCAAAAGCUUCAAGCUCAGAUCUCACAAAAGCUUACAUACUCUAAAAAUGAAGCAAGUGGUGUUGAAAUUGGACUUUCAUGAUGACAGAACCAAGAAGAAGAUUAUGAAGACAGUUUCUGGCCAUUCAGGGGUUGAUUCUAUCUCCAUGGAUUCUAAAGACAUGAAAUUGACAGUAACAGGGGACAUAGAUCCAGUGAGUUUGGUAAGCAAAUUGAGAAAGCAUUGUAAUGCUGAUAUUCUAUCAGUGGGACCACCUAAAGCACCAGAGAAAAAGAAAGAAGAACCCAAAAAAGAAGAGCCUAAAAAACAAGAACCAAUUACUUUGGCUGAGCUUCAGAAGACAUGGAUUGCUCAUCAGAAUGCUCAAAUGGUUCCACUUCAGCAUUAUUAUGUCAGAAGUGUUGAGGAAGAUCCCAAUGCUUGUGUUAUCUGCUAAGCUUAAUUUUUACAUUUUUUUUUUCUUUUUUCAAGAAAAGAAUUUGUAUUUUAGAAGAGUGAUGAUAAGUAUAAUGUACAGUAUUGAAGUGGUUGCUAGUUGUUCUUCAUUGAAUGGUCAUUACAUUCAUGAUGUUAUUGAUUAAUUAUUUAUAGUUUUUUAUAAUGACAAAUUACAAUUUAAUAGUUUUAAUCA